AUGGAGGUUGCCAUAUCUGCAGUUACAGGUGAACUAGUGAGCCGGUUCAUCUCCUUCCUGAUGAAAAAGUACCACUCCUCCAUCCAUGCGAAAUUAGAGGAGAAGAUGGUGGUGGAGAGGUUGCAACACCUCCUGAUAAGAGCUGCCACCAUCGUCGAGGAGGCGGAUGCACGGUACAUAACCAACUCAGGGAUGAUGAUGCAGCUCAAGAAGCUCUCCGAGGCCAUGUACCGAGGAUACCACGAGCUGGACACCUUGAGGUACCGAACUCUCCAAGGCGGUGCAGGCUUCGACGAGGUUAGAGACAACGACUCAUCAAGCAGCAGUUUGUAUUAG